AUGAAAGAUGGGCUUUUCGCCUCAAAAUGCGUGAAAUCAUCGCAGUUAACGCGUGAGAACGUAACUCUAACAAGUUAUCUAUUUCAGUAUGAGCCUGGAGAACGAGACGAGUACGACUUCAACAUUGACCCGAGUAAUCUUCCCUUUUCAAGCUGGGAUUACAAAGCCAUGAAGAGUGUCUCCUACAAUGAUUCGCUUCCAGAGAUGUUCAGCACCUACCUAUCAUAUAUCAUGAAUAAGUGCAUUGACAAACUGAGAAGUGGUCGGUUGAAGUUGGAGGUGAUACUAUGUGACUGCAUGAUGAUUGAUCCAUUCCUACCAGUCGACCUUACAUAUGACUGUAUCCCAACAUCAAAUCUAAGCGACUACAUUUCCCUUCCAGCCUUACUGACAAAAUUUAAGGGGUACUUGAAUGUCAGCAACAGUCAUUCAGUCUUAAUGACUGAAAUGCAUAAUUGGGUGGAUGACUAUUUGCCCAAAGUGAAAGCCGAUAUAUUUUUGGGGGCCCCUGAACUCACACCGAAAGUUGUGAAGGACACAACAACAAUCCAUUGCUUGUGGCGACAGGGCACUUGACGAGCUUAAUUGAAUACCACAACAUUAUUCCAGACUUCCAGCACUACCUCCGUGCCGCGCUUAUCGAGUCAUACAGUGAAACAGAAUUGGAGUCUUUCAGGAAACAAAGGAAGAAGCUGCCAUCCAUAAAAACUAUCUCUUCUGAUUUGGGCCUGGAGCCACGUGACUAUGUGAGAAAUGAAAACACUGUGUUUCCCUUCAAGUCGGCUGUGAACUGCUGUAGAGUCAACUUGAAUAGGGGAGACGAAUUUACUUUGGAGUGGACGCUUCCCACUUCAUCUCAAUAG